GGCGCGUUACCGUAGCGCAGUCUGCGCAGCGCAUAUCUCCCGAAUGAUUUGUGACAAGACGGGUGUAGUUGGGUGUAGUGUUGGUGGUUUGUUUGUUCUUGGGUUUGGAGAAGUCCGCUAGCCGCCUAGACGGCUGGAUUGCCAAAAUAUUUGUGUAGGUGCAACGACGUCAUGCUAACAAGACUCCCUAUCGUUGCCAUCUCAGUAUCUCGGUACAGCACUUUCAAGUGACGUGUUAUUUUCCCCACGUCUCGCAUUAAUGUUAAUGACAAUAACACACUCACAAGAGAGCAGCUGACCGAUAAAAUGUAUGCAACUAGCGUCGAAGUCCUUGAUCAAGAAGCAGCACCUAUUAAUCAUGCCACUGGAAAUGUUCGUGAAGGUGUGCAGACGAGACCCAAACUACGUACAGAUUAUGCACGCGUGGAAUCUAUCUACGAUGAAAGUUUCCAGGACGAGAACGACGGCCCUAUGCCAGCUCCUCGCCCUAACCCCCGCGUAUUUACUUGUGUGAUGUGUUUCGAAAAAGCAGAGGAUGAACAUGCCCACAUGGAACACCUUCGAACUGCCCACCCCAAGGUACGCACACAUUGCCUCGCUUGCGAAACGCAGUACGACGACUACCAGGUUUACAAGUCCCACAUUCAACAAGUGCAUCAAGACGUGAUGGCGGCUUUGGAGCAAAAUAAGCAGACGACACAUCUGUUCUGCAUGGAGUGUGGAAAAGUUUCAAGGACAGAGUCGCUCCUGUACCGUCACAGAUCUCAGCACUUCAUGCUACACAGAGAGACCUGUGAAACUUGUGGAAAGUCGUUUGUAGAAGGGCCAGCAAUGGAAAGACAUUUGGAGACUCACAAGCCCUCCGUUCAAACGUGUAGAUUGUGCGCAAAGACAUUUCAAGAUUCGCGAGCUUACAAAGCCCACGCUGGACUACACAAGAAGUAUAAAUUUUUGUGCGAGCUCUGCGGUGCAAUGCGCCCCACAGCCAUCAGUCUUGAACUUCACCGCUGCUCGAGACAUCCGAGUGACGAAAACAAGUACCAGUGUUCGUUCUGCAAGAAGCAGUGUCGCUCAACAGAACACCUCCGCAAACACAUGGUCGCAAAGCAUGGAGGUGCACCGGGUGAGAAGACAUACGGGUGUGAGCAUUGUGGCAAGGAUUUCAAGUGGAGGCAUAACCUGAGAGAUCACAUCUUGCUGAGGCACUCAAACAACGCUUCGGAAACUUCGACGGAAACGCUUCUGGCCUGCGAUGUUUGCGAUAAGAAGUUUGCCCACAAGUUUGCGCUUGAUGCACACAUGCCAACACACUUUGAGUACAGAGACUUUCGCUGUGAGAUGUGUGGAAUGGCCUUCAAAAGAAAGCACACACUGAAGGAACACAUCAAUGCCGUACACUGCAGUGACAAAAAGUUCCAGUGCUCGGUCUGCGGAGAAAUGUUUGCGGUGAAGCGGUAUCUCGAUGCGCACUGCAAGACAAAGCACGAAGACUCCACCCAAGUUUUCUCUUGCAAUGAAUGCCCCAAAGAAUUCAAGAGCGAAAGGGGUCUUUCUGCCCACCGGAAGACCUGCCACGGAAAGGCGGAGCGGAAACACGAGUGCGCCAAGUGUGGUCGAGCGUUCUACUCUCCGAAGGAUCGGCGGAGACACGAACUGACGCACAGUGCGGAGAAGAAACACGAGUGCCCGCGCUGCGGCAAGACAUUCUCCCGCGCGGAUAACUUGCGCAAGCACGUCAAGGGAGUGUGUCGGUUAAAAGAUCUGUGAUCUCUUAACAAGUGGGCAUCUUCUGGUGGUGGUAAUAAAUAUGUCUAACAGUA